CAAUCAGUGCGCGGGGAGGGCGGGCCUCGGCCAGUUCCUGCACUCGAGUGACGUCGCUUUUGCUGCGUUGGAAGGCGAGCGAGGAGACGGAGCGGAGGCGCAGCGGGCCGCGCAGGUGUCUACGCGACCUCGGAUUCAAAGCCUCCAGCCGAAGUGAAGGACGACCCUUUUUGUGCCCCACCUGCCCAGCUGGGGCUCCACAGCGAAGCUCCUUCCUUUAGUUCUGGGAGCAUCUCCUUGAGGACAGAUGUUGUGCCCAGAGGAAAUGGCUUGUCUGGCAGAUGAGGACCUCCUUGACUUCCUCCUCCAGGACGGAGGUCCCUCAGCUGAUCUGGGCAAGGGAGGCUUCCUGCCAGAAGACUGGGACUUUCCAGGGCCCGAGGCCUUGGGCGAGGAGGAGGUGGACGACUUUCUGAGGUGCCUCCUGAGCCCUUUUGCAGAAGAGUCCAGCGGCUCUCCAGACCCCUCCCCUCCUCACAGCAGCAGCAGUCUUGCCGAAGAGCAGAACUUCUCCUGCAGCCCCGGAAGCUGGGAGGGGUCCCCCACUGGCAGCCCCGCCGGCUCCGAAAGUGUCCAGUCCGACCACAACUACUCCCUGCACCCGGCGCUGCCUGGGCCCCCCGAAGGCUCUGCGCUGGAGAGCGCCAGCUCCUCCUCGGAUGUGGGCGACGGGGAUGUCGCCAUUGACCUGGAGAUGUGGGAGAUCAUGGAGACUUCGUCAGAGUCCUGCUUCAGCGAUCGGGACAGUGCUCUCCCGGUCACAGUUUCCAUUGAGGAACCGACACCCCAGCCAAGUGGGGGGGACCUGCAGUUUGACUUCCCUCCGCUGAUUCUGACAGACGAGGAGAAGAAGCUUCUGGAGAAAGAGGGCGUCUCGAUCCCGUCCAACCUGCCGCUGACCAAGGCUGAGGAGCGGGUCCUGAAGAGAGUUCGCCGGAAGAUCCGGAACAAGCAGUCGGCCCAGGACAGCCGGCGCCGGAAGAAGGUCUACGUGGACAGCCUGGAGAGCAGGGUCGUCGUCUGUACAGCGCAGAACAACGAACUUCAGAAGAAAGUCCAGCUGCUGCAGAAGCAGAACAUGUCAUUGCUGGAGCAACUGCGGAAGCUGCAAGCCCUGAUCCAGCACUCGACCACCAAGACCACCACGGCCAGCACCUGUGUCCUGGUCCUGGUCUUCUCCUUCUGCCUGAUCCUCUGGCCCAGCUACUACCCCUUUGGAGGAAGCCAGCAGAAGCAGCUGGAGCUCCAGGGAGUGCUGUCCCGGAGGCUGCGGGAGUACCAGAGCAGCGUUGCCCAGUUCCAGCCAGUGGAAGCAGCCCCUGGCCUUGCCCCACCCUCCGCACUGAAGGCAGAGCCCCCAGCCGCCCUGAAGGACGCAGCAGCGGGGAGCCUCAACCGGUCCCUGGAGGACCACCGCAGCCCCCCCGCCGAGCCCCACCCGCCCUCCAGCAGCAGCAGCAACUCCUCUUCCGACCCCUCGGCUUCUCCGCAAGCAGAGGGGCUUCCUUUGCCCCCCGAGCACCAGCCUCUGGGGAAGGAGAGGGCCCUCCCGCCAGCCUCUGCCCACCCCCAAGAGCGGGGCUGGGUCGGUCGCACCACCAGCGUGGUCAUCCAGCCACGCCACUCGGAUGAGAUGUGAGGGCUUGGCCCGCAGCCCGUGAAUGGCGGGACAGGCCGGCAGGCGCCGCCAUGGAAAGACGGGGGGCUCCCGGCCUGCCACUUUUUUGCAGGGAGGAGAAGAGAAGCUGUGCCUGGUUCAGAGACAGAAGCAUUUAUUUAGCAUCCCGGACCCCGGCACCUGGGGGGGGAGGCAUCCUGCAGCUCAUUGGGCAAGGGGGGGGCCUCCAAGAAACGGCUCCACUCCACUCAGAGUUCGACUCUGGUCUUGAGGGGCCCAGAACUGAGCCGUGGAUGCCUGGACUGUGGCUCUCGUGCCCCCCCCCCAUAUACCGCUUGUGUGUCCCCUGUAGUGGAAGCCUUCUGAGAAGCAGCCUCUUCCUCCCCCGGCCUUUGCUUGUAUCUCUUAGGGUGCCUCCACCCCCAGAUUAGCAGUGGAGGGGGGGCCCUCUGUGCAGGGGAGCGAGCCAAAAGUGGGAGGGGUGCUAUUUGCAGGUAGGGAGGCAGGCUGCUCCAGAUGCAUCGCCUUGGCAUGCGUGGCCCCCACCCACAGAGCAGACCCCCCUGUUCAAUCCAGGCACCUGGAAGAGCAACUCCAGCAUCUGCCCAAAGGAUGCGCUUUCAUUGCUGAGACCCCCAGAAGCUGCUGCCCUGGAUCCCUGAAGGCUCUUGCUGUGGGCAAGGGAACUCUCAGGGGGGGGUUUCUGGGCAGGCAGCGUCCGGCCUCCCAAUGAGACACAGGGAAUUGGGACAAGCGAGAGGGAGGAAGGGAGGGCCAGAAAGGCUUCCUCUGCCACCCCCAGGCCCAGUCCUGACCUCUGAGUGGGUGGCGCUGUCUUGGUCCAGGGAAGAAGC